UUCAGUCAUUACGAAGUUGGUCACAGUUAGUUUAAUAUUACCCCCAAACUGUCCCGUGCGGCACGCGGACGCGGCUUUGCAGCCGCGCAGCAUAUUUAUUUUUGUUCGCCAGUUCUUUUAUUUGAUUCCCACGGCUUAUUAGACGGCCGAUCCAGCGUGAAAGGGAGCCGUAAGGCUGCUCGGCUCCUCUGCCCAUCCGCGCCCCACAACACCACACCCCCAAGGUUAACGACGCAUUUACAUCCGAGGUUAACUCGGUUCACGGGCGAAGCGGUUUGAAAAAUCGUAACUCAAACGAGCCGGUCUGUCAAUCGUUACAAUUGAUUGCACAUAUUUUUUUGUCACGCAUCGCGCCUUCCUUGUGGUAUUUUAACAUAUGCAUUGUGUUUUACGAAGUCGUCCUCUAGUAGGACGUGUGCUGCAGGCAGUGAAGUCCGCAGUGGCUGUCUGUGUGUAUGUUCCCGGCGAGCGACGGCACAGUCGCACAGGAGUAAGAUGUGCAUAAUAUCCCAGAGAUCUAGCGUUUGCUCGUGAAAAUGGCGCAUAGAGAUGCCUCCCCGGCUGGGUCGCCGUUUGCCGUCUAACACAGAGACGGAAAUGCAUCGUCUCUGAGCAUCACCUGCGUUUCGCUCACGGUCUCGCCUGCGCCACCCCAUCGGGCGGUGCUGCUGUGAGAUGCGGUAGUUCUCUAACGGUGGGAGACAGGAUCCAGCGCACCGAUCGAGAGCGAGUCCCCGCCUUGCAUCAUGUGGCUCAGCGCUGACUCAGAUUUCCUGAGCCGUCGAACUCGGCCCUCGUCACCCUCUGCAGGGAGACCCGCCACAUCGCUGUUAAUCGUCUCCGAGACCAGUGGGCCGACAUGAGUGGGCUUUUCGCCAAACUGGACCCCCGGCGGAUCCAGUGGGGGGCCACGUGGCACGCCUUCCAGUCCCGUAUCCUGCGCACCAAGCCCGUGGAGUCCAUGCUGGAUGGUGCCACCGGCACCGGCGCCCACGGCACCAAACUCGCCCGUGUGCUCACCACCGUGGACCUGGUGUCUCUCGGCGUGGGCAGCUGCGUGGGCACCGGCAUGUACGUCGUCUCCGGGCUGGUUGCUAAGGAGAUGGCGGGCCCCGGAGUUAUUGUGUCCUUCAUCAUCGCUGCAGUGGCUUCAAUCCUGUCAGGAGUGUGCUACGCCGAGUUCGGCGUGCGUGUGCCCAAGACCACCGGCUCCGCCUACACCUACAGCUACGUCACGGUGGGCGAGUUCGUGGCCUUCUUCAUCGGCUGGAACCUCAUCCUCGAGUACCUGAUCGGCACGGCGGCGGGCGCCAGCGCCCUUAGUAGCAUGUUUGACUCGCUGGCCAAUCACUCCAUCAGCGGCUUCAUGAUCAACCACGUCGGCACGCUCAACGGCCUGGGCAAAGGAGAGCAGUCGUACCCGGACCUACUGGCGCUGCUGAUCGGCAUCUUGGUGACGGUGAUCGUGGCGCUGGGCGUGAAGAACUCGGUGGGCUUCAAUAAUGUGCUCAACGUCAUCAACCUGGUGGUGUGGGUCUUCAUGAUGAUCGCCGGCCUCUUCUUCGUCAAUGGCACCAACUGGGACGAGGGGAGGUUUCUGCCUUUCGGGUGGUCCGGGGUCAUGCAAGGAGCCGCCACCUGCUUCUACGCCUUCAUUGGGUUCGACAUCAUCGCCACCACGGGGGAGGAGGCCAAGAGCCCCAACACCUCUAUCCCCUACGCCAUCACCGCCUCACUGGUCACCUGCCUCACCGCCUACGUCUCUGUAAGCGUCAUACUGACCUUGAUGGUGCCCUACAGCGAGAUCGACGCCGACGCGCCCCUCAUGGAGAUGUUUUCCAUCCACGGCUUCCAGGCAGCCAAGUACGUGGUGGCUGUGGGUUCGGUGGCCGGGCUGACAGUCAGCCUCCUCGGCUCGCUGUUCCCCAUGCCGCGGGUCAUCUACGCCAUGGCCGGUGACGGCCUGCUUUUCAGGUUCCUGGCACACGUCAGCAGCUACACGGAGACGCCAGCGGUGGCGUGUGUGGUCUCGGGCUUCCUGGCGGCGCUGCUGGGCCUCCUGGUGAGCCUGCGGGACCUGAUCGAGAUGAUGUCCAUCGGCACAUUGCUGGCCUACACGCUGGUGUCAGUGUGCGUGCUGCUUCUGCGCUACCAGCCCGAGGGCGACAUCCACGGCUUCGUCAACUUCCUGUCGGAGGAGAGCGCCAAGAGGAAGGAGGGCGUGUUAGCCGAGUGCGAGAAGGAGGCGUGUUCGCCGGUCAGCGAGGCCGACGACUACGGCGGCGCGCCGGUCAACACUUGCGGGGCUAAGAACCUGCCCUCACUGGGGGACAACGAGAUGCUCAUCGGCAAGCCCGACAAGUCGGCCUACAACGCGAGCCACCCCAACUACGGCACGGUGGACAUGGGGACGGGCAUCGAGGCCGACGAGUCAGAGAGUCCCCACCUGCGGAAGCUGAAGAAGCUUCUGGGUCCACGGUAUUAUACCCUUCGUAUUCGCCUGGGCCUUCCGAGCAAGAUGGACCGGCCCACCCCUGCCACGGGCCACACGGUCACCACUUGCGUCAUCCUGCUCUUCAUCCUCAUCUUCCUCUUCUGCUCCUUCAUCAUCUUCGGCUCCGACUACAUUUCGGAGGGCAGCUGGUGGGCUGGGCUGCUGGUGGCCCUGCUGGUUCUGCUGGGCGCCGGCCUGAUCUUCGUCAUCCUCCAGCAGCCGGAGAACCCCAAGAAGCUGCCCUACAUGGCGCCCUGCGUGCCCUUCGUGCCCGCCUGCGCCAUGCUCGUCAAUGUGUACCUCAUGCUCAAGCUCUCCAGCAUCACCUGGAUCCGCUUCACCGUGUGGUGCUUCGUGGGUGUGCUCAUCUACUUCGGCUACGGCAUGUGGAACAGCACGCUGGAGAUCACGGCGCGGGAGGAGGAGGUGCACGCCAGCACGUACCAGCGCUACGGGGCCGACGUGGACGAGGGCUUCACCGCCGACGAUGACCUCUACCCCGGUGGCGACGGCGGCCCCUUCCAGCCGUGGGGUGCCCCCGGGGAUACCGGCUACUCCUUCGAGCAGCAGCAACAGCCGGCGCCGGCGUCUGGCGGCGGAAACGACAUUCGGACCUCCACACAGAGCAGCAGAGCCAAGAGCAAAGGCAAACCGGGCCACGGCUUCGAGGCCCUGAUUGUGGACGAUGAGCUCGACUACUCGCCAGAAUGAGAACACACUCAGGUGUACUCCAGUGUCAGCCUGGCCUCCCAUGGGCUAGAAUGUUACCUCCAGCCCCCACCCCCACCCCCUUUAGCAUUUUGCUUACAGGCUGUUUUCUAUUUUAAAGGUUUAUUGCCAUGAUAGCUUGCGUGUUUUUCUGGAUAAGUGUGAGUUAAUUGGUGCCUAACGAGUCUGAAGCUAAUAGCUAAUUGACCAUUCUGUCCAUUCAUUUGCCCUGUAAGUCACCACAGGAAGCACUGCACCAGAGCUGGACACAGAUGAAUUUUCUAAUUUGUUUUUUUACUAAACUGCCAGAUAGGCCUUGGCCAGCAGGGUAGAGGAGCGGGUUGCUGGCUUUACAGAGCCAAAAGGGAAAAUGAUUGGUUCAGAGAGAUAACCAAUCAGAUUGUAGAGGAGGUGGGGCCAAGCCACUGGGGCAGGCGGGACCAACCAAUCAGAUGUCUUAGUUCUGCCUCUUUUAGUUGCUUGGACCCAUCUCCUCUACAAUUUGAUUGGUUAUCUCUCUGAACCAAUCAUUUUUCUAUCUGCCCUCAGAACAUUUUUGUAUAAGUAAAACACAUUCUCCGAUGCAGUCAAAUUGGAUGUUGUUUGGCCUUUGCCGCCAUAGUCAGGCCCAGCUGUUUAUUUUCUUUUUAUCAGUUACGGCAAAUUUGGUAUAUUGUGGCAUUUACAAAGGCCCGUCGUGAUGAACCGCAGAUGCCCUGAGACCCAGAUAAGCUUAGCUGGAAGCUUCACCAGAGUGAUUCCACUCAGAAAAAUGGAAGACAUUUCCCCCCCUUUUUUCCCUUCUACUGCUGCUCUCUUUAAAAUGACAUCUAGCCC